UCCCGGACCAGAACUCGUGGAGUAUAUAAACCACAUCUGUGACCCUGUCCUAUAUCCAUCAAGCCUCGAGUCUCUUUCAAGGUCUUGUUCUGCACUUUCCAAAGACCCCGGUCUACUUGCCACUCAUUUCAACAUGCGUUUCACCGAUCUCAGUCUCGCCGCGCUCUCGUGCGCAGGCACCACCCUCGCCGCAUCCAACGAGACCAGGUUCGGUCAGUGGAUGGCCACGUCGUUCAUCUCUAAGAAGACGCCAAUCCGCCACACCUACGUCCCCGCCGUUACCCUUGAGGGCAUCCAGCAGGUCGCCUCCGCCAACAACAAUGCCGAGCUCCUCGAGUACGCCCGUAGCUCCGUCUCCUCGCUCGUCUCCGCCAACGGCACCGUCACAAACUACAACGACACCUACUACACCCUCGACGACAUCCGCAUGGGCAACAACGUCCUGUACUGGUGGAACGCAGGCGGCCGCAACGAGUCCCGCUACGAAAUCGCCGCCCACAGGUACCGUGCCCAGCUGAAUCGCUGGCCCCGUACCCCCACCGGUGGCUUCUGGCACCGCGCCCCCACCUACGCCGACCAGAUGUGGCUCGACGGCAUCUACAUGGCCGACACCUUCUACGCCACCUACACCUCCUACUUCGACAACGACAACGUCACCGCCUGGGAGGACAUCGAGCUCCAGUUCGACCUGAUCGAGGAGCACACCCGCAACCACACCACCAACCUGCUAUACCACGGCUACGACGAAGCCAAGAAGGCCGUGUGGGCGGACCCGGAGACCGGCGCGUCGCCCUUCGUCUGGGACCGCGCGGUGGGCUGGUACUUCGUGGCGCUCGUCGAGGUGCUGCAGGUGUACCCCAAGACACUGCCCGGCUACGCCAAGCUGGCAACCUACCUCACCACGCUGGCCGAGGGCAUCAAGAACGUCCAGGACGUCGACGGCGGCUGGUGGCUCCUGAUGGACCCGGAGCUCGCGGGCAAAGAGGGCAACUACAUCGAGUCCAGCGCGACUGCGCUGUUCACGUACACGUACUUCAAGGGCGUGCGCACGGGGCUGCUGGACCCGGCGUACCUGGCGGUCGCGAACAAGGCGUACGGGCUGAUGAUCGACGACUUCAUUGUCUACGAGAAGAACGGCACGCUGUCGUGGAACGGCACCGUCGAGGUCGGCAGCUUGAAGGGCGAUGCGUCGUAUGAGUACUACACCACUGUGCCGCUGAGCUUGAACGACGGCAAGGGCGCCGGGCCGUUCAUGUACGCGGCCGCCGAGUACGAUUUGUCGCAGAAGAACGGCACUGCUCAUUAGAUGUUGUUGGGGUUGUAGACUGUACAUAGACUUGAGCGAUUAGAGGCGCCGUAGACACCUUGUAUAUACCACCUGUACUACGAUAAUCUUAAUCCACUGCAAGGCCAGCUCUGGGAACGCACUCUCA